AUGGCCCCUCAGAGCCCUUCUAGGUACGGGAGCAGGCUCAGCAGCCAUGCCGAGCUGGCCAGGUGCAAGAUGACCCUCACAACCACACCGGCAGCCAGCGUCACCCAGGCUUUCUUUUGCCUCCUGCUGUGCAUCCCCUGGGGCAGCUCCUGCCCCCCGAGCUGCCAGUGCACAGAGCGGGCAGGGGCGAAGGCCGUCCUCUGCAGCUCCCAGCACUUGGAGGAGAUCCCCAAGGACAUCCCCAAAGAUGCAGUAUUCCUCAAGCUGGAUGCCAACAGCAUCACCAGAAUCCCAAGCAAUGCCUUCAGGCACCUCUCCCAGGCAGCUUUCAAAGGGGUAGCUGCCGGGCUGCGUACCCUUGACCUCUCCAGCAACCGCAUCCGCAGCAUCCCCAAGGAGGCCUUGCUGGCGCUCAAUGCCAAGCUCCGCCUGGCCAACAACCCCUGGCACUGUGAGUGUGCCUUGCAGGAGGUGUUGUGGGAGGCACGGCUGGACCCUGAUUCUGUCCAGGACAUCACCUGCCACACGGCCCCGCGCGAGGAGUACGUGGGCAAGCCACUGCUCCAGGUCCUGGAUGCUGGCGUCAACUUCUGCAGCGUGCAUCAGAGGACCAUGGACGUGGCCAUGUUCAUCACCAUGUUCGGCUGGUUUGCCAUGGUCAUUGUCUACGUGAUCUGCUAUGUCCGGCACAAUCGAGAGGACACUUGCAAGCACGUGGAGUACCUGAAGUCACUGCCGAGCACCCAGGGCCAUGCAGAGACCACCAGCACUGCCCUGUAA